AUGGAUUUUAGCAGCGAAAACGAAAUAGAUGCAAUUGCAAGCGCGGCAGUGUCGAAUCUUUUGCCUGCUAAAUCAAGACCGCAGUACGAAAAAACGUAUCUUCAGUUUCGGCAGUGGUGUUCUAUGAAAAAGAUUGAUCAAGUAACGGAAAAUGUUUUGUUGGCGUAUUUGGAAGAAAAGUCUACCACCUUAAAGCCACCAACACUCUGGGCCCUUUAUGCGAUGUUGAAAGCCACCUUAAACGUUAAAGAGAAUAUCGAUACACGUAAGUUUCCGAAGUUAGUGCCCUACCUGAAAAGCAAAAGCGUAGGUUACAGAAGCAAGAAGUCGCAAAUUUUAGACAAAGAAGACAUUAGCAAGUUUAUUAAUGAAGCAGAUGACAAGAUAUAUUUACUGAUGAAGACUGUGCUAAUUUUGGGUAUAUCGGGAGCCCUUCGACGUGAAGAAUUAGUUAAAAUGAAGCUAACUGACAUAGAAGAUAAACAGUCUGUCUUAAUUGUGAAGGUGCCUGAUACAAAAACCCACUGCGAACGAAUAUUUACUGUUUCAAAUUUAGAAAAUAUAGAAAUUGUCAGAAAAUAUAGAGCUUUGCGGCCUCCACGGGCGACUAGUGACCGUUUAUUUUUAAAGUAUACCAACGGAAAAUGUGUGAAUCAAAAUGUUGGAAUUAACAAAAUCGGAGAGAUACCAAGUUUGAUUGCAAAGUGGCUUAACAAAGACGAACCUAAAAAAUAUACUGGUCACUGCUUCAGAAGAAGCUCUGCCACUCUUUUGGCGAAUGCUGGAGGUGAUCUAAUUUCAAUUAAACGUCAUGGGGGCUGGAGAAGCAGCACAGUGGCAGAAAGUUACAUCGAGGACUCUUUGAAUAAUAAAAUUGAAAUUGCCAAUAAAAUUCAACCUUCUUCCUCCACAGAAGAAAACAAAAUCACUCAACCUUCUACAUCGGCUUCUUUUAAUGGCGAAAAUAACUUUCAUUUACAAGCGUCUUCACUCAGGCCUCUGGGGAUAAACGGGGGCACGUUUUCGUCAUGCACAUUUAAUUUUCAUAUGUCAAAGUAAAUAUCUAUUAUUAUUGUUUUGUAAUAUUGUUCUGUAUAAUUAUAAAACCUUUAAAACUA